AUGUCAGUGGAUACUCUGCUCAUGGGUAUGUUCAAGGACCAAAAAUUGGAGACCCUUUACAAAGGCAAGGAAUGUGGGCAAGUGUUUAACAAGAACUGCCUCCCUGUUCAACAUCUGUGGAUUCACACUGCAGUGAAGUCUUAUGAAUGCUAGGAGUGCUGAAGAGCCUCCGUGAAUAGGUAGACCUUUUCACAUGGGAGGUUUCACAAUGGUGAGAAGCACUUUAAGUGUGAGAAAUGUGGAAUCUUCAACUCUAGAUGCCACGUCUUCUAUCACCAGUGGAUUCACACUGGCGAGAAGCCCUAUGCAUGCAGUGAAUGUGGAAAGACCUUCAACGUCUACCGCACUUUUAUCUAGCAUGUUACAAUCCACCCUGGAGAAAAACCCUUUGGGUGCAAAGAAUGUGAGAAAACCUUUCACUACACCUCUUCUUUAACUCAACAUAUGGAGAUACACACUGGCAAGAAGUCUUACAAAGGCAAUGAAUGUGGAAAAGCUUUCACCUUCAACUGUUUCUGGCCGACAUGGUAUGGCCCAUAUAAACAUAAGCUCCGAGACUGUAAAGAGUAUGGGAAAGAUGUUAACUACAACUAUUCCCUCACUCCACACACAAGGAGUCACACUGGAGACAAGCCCUCGGAGUCCACUGAGUGUGGAAAGGCCUUUGCCUGCCGCUCCACUUUUGUCCAGUAG